UUUGCAGUAAAUGAGGUACAGAGGGAAGCAUUACUGGCCAACAAGAAGCGCCUUGGAAUUGAGGAAGAAGUGCAGCCAGAAAGGAAGCAUAGGAAACGGUUCAAAGGGCCCAACCCUCUUUCCUGCAAGAAGAAAAAGAAGAAGCAGCAGCAGCCACCCCCACAACCCAUCUCUUCCGGCAGCAUGCCGAACAAUGUUGAGCCCGAGCUCAAGCCCAAGCGCAAGCGCAAGCGAACCAAAAUACCACAGCAUAUCAAGGAACACUUUAGAGAAAUGUUGAAUAACAAAGAUAAAUAA